GGGGCCUUCGUGGAUGAAGACAACAAAGGGUCGCCGAUCUCCAGCGGGCGGCAGGCGGCGGUGUUCCAGUCUUCCUUACUCCGUUCAGCAGAGGCUCGUCGGCCUCACGCUAGUCCCACUCCAGAUGAAGUGUGAGCACUGCACACGAAAGGAAUGUAGUAAAAAAUCAAAAACUGAUGACCAGGAGAAUGUGUCCGUUGAUGUGCCCAGCCCAGCCCAGGAGAAUGAAGAGAAGGGAGAAUUCCAUAAGUUGGCAGAUGCAAAAAUAUUUCUGAGUGACUGCCUGGCCUGUGACAGCUGUGUGACUGUGGAGGAAGGUGUCCAGCUUUCCCAGCAGAGUGCCAAGGAUUUCUUCCAUGUCCUGAAUCUUAAUAAGAGAUGUGACACCUCAAAGCACAAAGUUCUGGUUGUGUCUGUGUGUCCUCAGUCUCUGCCUUAUUUUGCUGCUAAAUUCAAUCUCAGUGUCACUGAUGCAUCUCGAAGACUGUGUGGCUUCCUCAAAAGUCUGGGAGUGCACUAUGUAUUUGACACGACAAUAGCUGCAGAUUUCAGCAUUCUGGAGAGUCAGAAGGAAUUUGUACGCCGGUAUCACCAGCACAGUGAGGAACAGCGUGAGCUACCCAUGUUGACCUCUGCCUGUCCUGGUUGGGUCAGAUAUGCUGAGCGGGUACUGGGACGCCCCAUCAUCCCAUAUCUUUGUACUGCCAAGUCCCCCCAGCAGGUCAUGGGCUCCUUGGUGAAGGAUUAUUUUGCCAGACAGCAGAACCUGGCUCCAGAGAAAAUCUUCCAUGUUGUUGUGGCUCCCUGCUAUGAUAAGAAGCUGGAAGCUCUUCGAGAGGGACUUUCUCCUACUUUAAAUGGUGCUAGGGGCACUGACUGUGUGCUGACGUCAGGUGAAAUUGCUCAGAUAAUGGAGCAAAGUGACCUCUCUGUGAAAGACAUUGCUGUGGAUACUUUGUUUGGAGACGUGAAGGAAAUGGCAGUACGACGUCACGAUGGAGUGAGCUCAGAUGGGCAUCUGGCUCAUGUCUUCAGACAUGCAGCCAAGGAGUUGUUUGGCGAGCACGUGGAGGAGAUCACCUAUCGUGCACUAAGGAACAAAGACUUCCAUGAGGUCACCCUUGAGAAGAACGGGGAGGUCUUACUGCGCUUUGCUGCAGCAUAUGGCUUUCGCAAUAUACAGAACAUGAUCCUGAAGCUCAAGAAGGGCAAAUUCCCAUAUCACUUUGUGGAGGUCCUUGCAUGCCCCAGAGGAUGCUUAAAUGGCAGAGGCCAAGCACAGACAGAGGAUGGCCACACAGAUCGUGCACUACUGCAGCAAAUGGAAGGGAUCUACUCCGGCAUCCCCGUGCGGCCCCCAGAGAGCAGUGCACAUGUGCAGGAGUUGUACCAGGAGUGGCUCGAGGGUACUGAAUCCCCCAAAGUCCAGGAGGUGCUGCACACCAGCUAUCAGAGCUUGGAGCCUUGCACAGACAGCCUGGAUAUCAAGUGGUGACAAAGCCAGAAGGGCAGGAGGGGACAGCUCUGAGUGCAGAGUGGUGGGUGCUUCAAGAAACAGCGGGUCACUGCAGCUUUGCCAGCACUCCAGGACACGCAGUUUCAUGUGGUGCUAUCUUUGUAGCGUGUGAGGGAGAAGAAUGUCUGCACGUGGGAGGAGCAUUUUCCCUCUCUGCCUAUCCUUGUAUCCCAAGAUUGUGAGAAAGAUCCCAAAGAUUCAAAAUGUGUUCUUACAGAAUCAAGACCCUGGGCUUGUGAUCCACGAGCCUAAGAUUAUUGCUGCAGGAAUGGAGACACCAGGAAGGGCUAGGCUACUGUACAGUGGAUAACUAUGGCCUUUACAGAGGCCCAUCUUCUGGCCCAAUUGGCUCUUUUACUUGUAUACAUGUUUUGAAAAUAAUUUUGAAUUCUAGGGCCAGCAAGACAGCUCACUGGUACCAACCUUAGUUUGAUCUACAGAGCCCACAUGGGGCAACAAAGGCACCAUGGUAUGCGUACGUACCAUUGAGGCCACACUCUCCAAAACAGCUAUGAAGGAAAUUAUCCCGGUUGUAAGUCAAAGUAACAGUGAGCCGUAUUCUUCACAAUCACCGAAGGUCAGCAGCCAUUACCACCUUGGCAAGCAGGACCGCUGGUGUGCGUGAGCCACUCCCCCUUCUUUUUACUGGACCUGAGACUCAGCUUCGGGAGCCUCACCUCAGAAGAAAGGCACUGAGAACAGCAUGUACGGUGCUCUGCAUUUGAUGCAAUGUAUAUUUAAAAAUAAACAAGUAGAGAAAGUAAGAGGGUUGCCCACCUAGGCUUUGGGGUUCUAAGGGUGGUGCAGCUCACUGGCUAUUGCUGUGGGGCAGGAUGAUAGAACAAAGGCUCCAUAGACCCUGGAGUCGGUGAACACCUUUGUAAUGUCCAUCCCUGUAAACUCCUCCCCAGUGCCUUUUCAUACAAAUAGGCCCGGAGUACCCCCUCCUACACACACACACACACACACACACACACACACACACAAAGCCACUGGUCUAGACAGCAUCCCUUCAGCCCUCACUACUGCUAGUGUGAGCAUGUCUUAGGGGAAACAGUAUGUUCACACACAGAAAGAGCUGCCUGAUGGUGAAAUUCACAAAAUCAUGUGACACAUACUAGAGUCCAUCCAGGAGAUAAAGGGGUUUGAUGAAGCCCCUGAAUUUUGCUCAGUCUGUGACUACCUUGACCCUCAGUUUUUUGUUAGCCCUGGCUUAUGUUUUGUUUCUCCUGUGAAUCUGUCUAGGAACAUAACUGGAUAUAUUAUUGUAAACCAGUGGUUCUCAACCUGUGGGUUGUGACCCCCCACAAAGGGGCCACAUGUCAGAUAUUUACAUUAGAAUUCACAACAGUAGUGAUGCUACAGUUAUGAGGUAGCCAUAAUAAUUCUAUAAUUGUUGGGGAUCACCAUAACAGGAAAAACUAAAGGGUCGCAGCAUAGGAAGGUUGAGAACUACUGUUAUAAAUUAUGAAUUUUUUGCUUUCAGUCUCUAUGCCUUGGGUAUCUAUCCCCAAAGUAACUGGUUAUGGAAUAAACAAUGCAAUGAGGUCUUGAGUAUGGA